AUGACAGACGCUUAUAUUUGCAAUAAAACAAAUAAUAGCGCCCAGACGGAACAAAAUAAGUCACAAAAUAGUAAUAAUACAAAAUUAAGUGUUUCGUUACAAGAAAAAUAUAAGGAGGGAUUAGAUGUUGUACCUCAGAAUGGCGUUGGAAACAUACUUCAUAAAACUAUCAAUAACAUAGACUGCGCAAAUGAAACUAAUUAUAAAGAUCUAACUAAUCAAAAUAAGAUCAACACUGACACUCUAAUAAAAUAUGUAUACAAAAAAGGUGAUAUAUUAGUUAAAGAGAAAACCAAAGGUAAUAUUAAAAACAGUCUAAAAAGGAAAAAAAGAAAUGUUCAAGAUGAAAAGAUACAUAAAGCUCCACUUUUAUUGGAUAUAAUAACGAAGCAUGUCAAUCAAGAAAGAGAAGAUUUUGAAUUACCACAACAAACUCCAAAUGGAAUAAAAAGUGCAAACUUGGCAGAUUUUAAUAUUGAAACGCUGCAUGAAAAAAUAAAACCUACGAACAUAGAAAACAGUCGAAAAUAUAGUCAAAACAUCGAGAAUAUUGAAUAUACACCUACGGUCAAAAACACUGAGACAGAAAAUAACAAUAGCGAACAAGACGAACAAAUUAGUGAAAAAAAAAUACCCUACCGAAACACAGAUUACAAUGAUUCCAUUGAAAACGAUAAAGAGAAAGUUAUUGAAACGGAACAUUUUAAAGAGAAUGAAGAGAAUAAUUUUGACCCUGACGAUAAUUAUAAAGAUAUUCCUGAAAAAACUGGAAAAGAAUUGAAUCAAAGACAGCAAUCCAAUGAAAAUGAGGAGAGUAUCGAGCAAUUUUUACCAAAAAAUACAUAUAUUCACCAUAAAAGGGGUGAAGAUAGGGAUGAAGAUAUAGAUAGACAAAAUGAAAAAGAUAAUAAAAGGAAUGCAUUAGACAGUAAUAAGGAACAUUAUGACAAAUUUAAGGAUAUACCUGAAAGUACUGAAGAAGAUUCAAAGGAGAGUAAAGAAAAUGACGAACAAUAUUCACCAAGACAAACAAUUGCUUUGCGUGAUAAGGACGAAGGCUUGAAUAGUGGAAACGAAUACAACAGCAGGGAAAAUGAAUUCAUUAAAGAAAGCGAACGCUUAGCUGUCAAGGAACUUCCAAUUGAAACAACAUCAAGCGAAGAUUCAAGAGAAGAUAAUAUUGAAAAUAAAAAACAAAAUACACAACACAAAGAUUACGCAAGUGAUCCACUUACAAACGAAAAUUUAAGGCCUCAAGAAGGCGAUUUGAUUGAUUUUAGUCACGAAAGCAUUGAAGUUAAUGAUCAAGAUGAAGCCGCUAAAGAUUUUAACAUAAAUAAUGAUCAGGCCCCUGAUAUACUAAAUACCCUAAAAAAUGAUAGUAAACCGAAGAAUCAAUUAAUUCUUACAGAUGAAAAUAACAGUAAUCAAUUAAAAGACAAUUCUAAUGAAUAUGAAAAACAAGUCAAAAUCAAUGAUGGCGAAAUAAAACCUGUAAUAGAACUUAACAGCGAAGAUAGUGAUGAAGAAAGUGAGGAAAAUCUGAAAGAUAGUGCUAACGCUCAUUUAAGAUACAACGAAGAAAAAAGUUUUAAUGCCGACACCUCUCAAGAAAAUGAACCUCCUAAUGAUGAUAAGGUUAAUGUUAAACAACAAUUUGAAAGGAUACCUUUAAAUUAUAACCAUGCUCUUAAAAAAACAAACACUAGUAAAAAUGAACAAACUGGCUCCGAUGGUACUCUAGAUACUAUUUCUCCUAAAAAGGACAAUUUCGAUGAAAAUUUAAAUAUAAAAUUUAGUGACAUAACCAUCAAAUUGCCUGAAAUAAAAUUACCAGAUCAUAUUUUAUCAUAUGCAGAAGAAGAACCCGUAUAUGAAAAUAAUAAGAAAAAAGGGAAAAAUACUUAUUUUUAUUACGAUGACAGCGAGGAACAGACCGAAGAAGAAUCAAACAAACGAAAUGAUGAUAACGAGGAAAAAAAUAAAAACGGAGACGAUUUUUACCAAUCGUAUUAUUAUAAGCCUAAAGAAAAAUUAAAAGAAAUAAACCGUGUAAAUACCUAUGAUGAACAUGACAUAAGCAAUGAAGAGGACCCUUAUGAAAAAUUUGUACGGGAGCGGUUUGGUAAAAGUAAAACUAACCGACAAAGAUCGGAAAAAUUACAAGAAUUCAGACCUAAAGAAAGGAAUCCUAAAUUACAAGAAAAAAUUCAAGACGUUUUGAAAAAGGCUAAUUAUAUCCAAAAAGAAGCCGAAAAAAGUGGUGAUCCAAAAGCUGGAUAUUUAUGGACUUUAGAAUAUGGAGAGAAUUUAUAG